AGCACGUUAUCAUGACCCAAGCAUUAAACGCCAAUCUGAUUGGCCGAGGCAACACACCAAGCAUUUGGCGCCUGUUUGGCUUUGGUUUCAUGGAAGCAAAGGCCGCUCUUCUCUGUUUAGCCAAAGCGUUUUAAGCCGUCUCUGGAUCAAACCAUCGGUUUCCACUAAGUUGAAGUGUCCUUUUCAUUUUGGAUGUGGAUUGAGGUAUCCUGCCUUUUUAAGGAGCUAAACAAGGUGGUGUGCAGUGUCCUUUUCAUUUUGGACGUGGAGUGAGGUGUCCUGUCUUUUGGGAGCUAAACAAGGUCAUGUACGCAAGGGCUGUUUGGAAGGAGGGUGAACAAGAGGAGGAGGGUGUAGUUCCUGACAAUUGGAUCGACAGGAACAAGAGAACCCUUAGAUGGCCACAUAAUAUGAGCACCACAAAAACGGAAAGAGCUCUAAGGGACAAAAUUAACCCCCAGGAUGACUGGAUGACGUUCCCAUUAAUCAAAAUAAAAAUGACUUCAGCUAAGCGUUGUGAAUGCAACAACUACAACCUGACCAGUCAGGCAGAGGAGGACGAUGAGGAUGAUGAGGGGCUGAUUAAAUUGAUGAGAAAACGCACUAAAAAAGGACCUCCGGAUGGUUUUGUAAGAAAUGAAUUAACAGAUUCAGAUGAGGUGGAGAAUGUUGGGGGUGACAAUCUGCCCAAAUGCCCUACUCCACCAAGGAAGCUGCAGUCCAUUCAGGACCCCAACAUGAUGCACAAUGCUUCCUCUGAAGAUGAAGAUAUGUCUGUCCAUGCGGAGCAUGCUGACAGUUCUCGGGGCAGCGAAAUGUCCACUCCUCACUCUGGACAUCGAUCCUCGACCCACCAAGUGAAGCCUGCCGAUAGAUCUCGUGGUAGGGAGAUGACCGCUCCACACUUGUCUGGCCUGGUGGAGCGUGCCAAUGGAUCUCGGGGAUGGGAAACAUCGACACCCAACUUUCAAUAUGCAAGCACAGCACCUCGGCACAGAUACCGGUCGCCAUCCAGAUCUCGUAAUGCAACAAGAGGUUGUGCCAGGGAUGGCUAUCGCUCCAGGUAAAGAAACAGGAUAAGGCACAG